CCAAGCAUAUCAUGGCAAUAGACGCCUCAGCUUUGCUCGACGGGGAUGGACGUCAAUUGACAGCGGCUAUUCCUUCCGGAAGGCUUUUCCCUCAUGGCAACCCCUCCACCACUAGAUCAUACUACAAACACCAUUUCACUCGUCUCUCUGAAGGACAGCAAAUUACAUCAUGUCAACUUGUACACUGGUCGCGCAGAGAUCUGUCGACAGUUCAAAUUCAACGUUCAAACGGGCCAGAAUCAGUUGUAUAUCACUGGACUGCCAAAUGUUAUCGAACAAGAGUCGUUGAGAGUACAGGGACACGGGGAUGCUACUAUUCACGAUGUUUCGCUAUCAACAAUGCCUGCUCAGGCUCAAAUCACCACAUCACCUACCCUACCAGAACUUCUUGCCAGAAAAGACCUUAUACGAAAUGCCAUACACCGAGCUAGGACUUCUUCUCGUGCCUUGGAAGCAUACAUGGGCUCUAUGUCUGUUCAUGAUGUUCCCCUGAGCCAGGUUGGCUUGUUUUUGGAGAGCUACAACUUGCACGGGAGUAAACUUGAUGAGGAACUAGCGAGAUUGAAAAACGAAGAAGAUGAAGUGUACAAAGAAAUUCAGACGCAGAAGGAUAGAAUUGCAGCGGAGCAAUUGUGUCAGUCCGGUGGUGGUACACUUGGCAUGCAGGUAUCAGUGGGUUUGUUCGCUGAGAAUGAAGGACAAAUUGAACUGCAACUCGUUUAUGCCGUGUUCUCCGCGAACUGGGAAGCCAUAUACGAUAUCAGAGUCAAUGUAGAAUCAAAGGAUCACCCUUUAACGUUGGUCUAUAAGGCAGCAAUCGUCCAAAAUACAGGCGAGGCAAGUAAACCUAUGAACAUUACUACAUGGUCGCGACUCAUUGCCCUUCUACAGGAUUGGACUAAUGUCCCCUUGACGCUCGAAACCACUACCCCUUCAUACGGUGUUCUGAUUCCUACCCUUAAUCCUCUGAAACUUUCCACUUACAGAAAGCCGUACCGCGUUGUACAACCGAUGUCGAUCAUCCCUGCUCCGGGAGUGAUGUCGGCACGAUACUCUCAUUCACAUAGUGGAAGUGGAAGACCUAGGCGUCGAGGGAGCAGAGACAGAAGCUACUCGCCUGAAAAUUACCGUGGUCAGAGGCGAAGAAGUUCCAGCUCGAGUCGAAGCAGGCGUAGUCGAACUCCACCACCGGUAGUCAUUUCAGUCCCUACGCCUGCGCCCAGGGCGCUUAACACUCUCGGCUUGACUGUAACCUCGAAAGGCGACGGUCGAUUCAAUCAUUCCGUUUUCCAGAUACCGGGGCUUAUCAAUGUUCCAUCUGAUGGUAUGGCGCACAAUGUUACCGUUGUUGAGCUGAAAGAGGAGCUGAACACGAAGCUACAGUGGUUUGCGGUACCAAAGAUUGAUACGAGGGUUCAUCUCAAUGCCAAAAUUAAGAAUGUUUCUGAAUACGCACUGAUACCAGGAAAAGCGAGCGUUUACGUCGACGGAACCUUCAUCGCUCGUACUGAUGUUCCUGCUUCUGGGCCUGAUGAAACAUUUGACUGCAGUCUAGGCCUUGACUCGUCCGUCAAAAUAACCUACCACCCUCUCUCCUCGAAAAUUACACACCGUACUCCGUUCACUGGGUUCACUGGCAUCAACAGCCUUAGUACCUUUGGUACCACUAAAACUACCACGACUCUCUACUCUCAGCGCAUCACAGUGGUGAACACUAAACGCGGCAGCAUCGACGCGAUGAAGAUUCUCGAUCGCGUACCGGUGAGCGAAGAUGAGAGGAUCAAGGUCAAAGUCUUGACGCCUACGGAGUUGGAGCAGAGCAAACUUGCAAUGAUCUUCGAUGGGAAGAUAGGCAGGGGUCAGAGUCAUAGUCGAGUUCAAAAUGAGGCUAUUCUACCUGGGACUGCAACCAUCAAAGGCCCAGAUUCGAUGAAGGUUGACGAAGCUAGCUCCCUUGUCUCUUCUAAAACUGGCUCGACAAUCGGGAAACGAUUUUCAUCAAUGAGGAUACCUUUCAGCGCUCGAAAGUCUCAAGACGGGUUUUCCGGCAUUUCCCCUUCGUCGCAAUCCGGACUAGGAUCAAGUGUAGGCGGCGAAAAGGCCGUCUCCGUCUCCAAUCCCUCAACUGUUCAGACACCCCAAGCACCUGCGACGAGCCGACAAACACCUGUAAUGCGUAUCGUUGCACAAUGGGAUGGUGCGGAAACUGACAUGGAGCAUCUCCAUUCCUCUUCUCCAAACGAAAACGCCAACAACUUUGAUGAUACGAACUUUAUCAGUGUCACUGCGGAGAGUAGCAAGUCUACCGUGGUUGUGGGAACAGGGACAGGGAUGGACAGAGCUGGAAAAGCAGCCGACGGUGUGAAAUCUGCCUAUACUGGCUCGGAGUUGGGGAGUGACGGCAAGAUGAAUUGGUUGUUGUAUGAUAUUGCCCCUCAAGGAACAGUCAAGCUUGUCUUGGAAUGGGAGGUAUCGGCAGCAUCGAGCUUGGAGGUAAUUGAGUCGGAGUCCUCGUGA